AUGAGCAGUGAAACUAAUGGGUCUGGAUUAGGCGCCUCUCCUCCGCCGGUGAUUAGGAAAAAGACCUUGAAAUCGCAAUCGGUUAAUAACCUGUUCAAACAAAUCACAAGCUCUGCGAAGUCGGGUUCCUCGAGGUUGCAUUCACCUUCUCCUCCAAAUUCGGGUCUACAUAGUUCUCAAUCCGCCAUACAACCAUCGCGAGGGUCGCCAAACUCCAGUCUCUCUUCUUCUGUUGAACAUGGGGUCAAGACGCUGUCUCUUUCGUCCUCGAGUGCCAAACUCCGGGUGAUACAGAGUUCGAACACAACACACCCGAAAAGUGCAACUAACGUUUCCUCCAGCUCUGGAAGUGUCUGGAAACGCAGCAUAAGCCCCGAGACUCCAGCUUGGGGUGCUGCUUCAACGACGCCGGCUCCUAUAACGCCUGCUACUCCAGCAACGACUGCUGGUGAAACUACACCUGUUUCGAGCACGGCUACAAGUGAAGGGUCAUUUGGAACAAAGACAGUAUUGAAGAACGAUAACAGUGGGGGUUCGGACAGUUCAAAGACACUACCUGCUCCUUUGAGCGUAUCUACUCAACCCAACGACUCUGAGAUCGAGGGCUCUAUACAAUCAUCUACAACUGAUCUUAACGGCUCUGACACGCCUCAAAGAACACCCAACAGCAGUUCUAAGUUCAAUUUUCUUCAAAGCUCAAAACUUGGAUCGUUUAGCUGGGCUGAUGCUGAUGAUGAUGAAGAAUUUGGGAAAUCACUUUGGGCUGACAUCAAAGACUCGCUAGAUAAGCAUGGUGAACAAGAACAGGCUUUUGAUCGUCAGCAACCAUCUCAACCGCAAGAAGCAGCCUUAAAAUCGACAUCAUCUUCUGCUGCUCCUUCUGUCUGGAAAGUGUUGGAUCCUCCCUCGCAAACAUCGCAAAUGCAUCGCUCCGCAUCCGCCGCAUCCACUCCGAUAUUUGGAGCUACAAAUACCCCGGAUAUCCUGUCCGAUCCAGACUUUUCCAGUCACAAGCUCUCUUUAGGGUCAUCUACCUGGCAGCAGAACAAAGUCAGAUCUCCUUUCGAUGCUAACGAAAGUAGGUUUAUCUUUGAAGACCCCAACUCGAGAUUCUCCGGCUCUGUUGACGGCAUCAACCGCGAAUUGUUCAAUCCCCACAACGGCAGGUUUGAGGCAAGUGUGUCGACUGACAGGUUGAAGACGAAGAGAAAUGGCAAUCCAGAUCGCACUUCUGUGCCUUUUGUGGCAACUCCAAGUAACCAUGCUGCACUGACGCGGCAUUCUACGUCCGACGCAGAUAUGGCAUCGUCACUGUGGAACAACGGAAGCAACAGCAGCAGAGAAAAUCCUUCGCGUGAACCAAUGGUCAGAUCCAUAAGCUCGAGCGGGCCGAGUUCCGGCUCCAAAUUCUUCAGAAGUGCAGAAAAAUCGAAUACUGCACCACCUUCGUUCAUCAACACAAACCCGACGUCACCUCUUUGGUUUGCUGCCAAAGAUGGAACUGGUGUUCCUGACUUCAACGGAUCUGGUUUCAACUCUCCAAACUCGAGCUCUUCGUCUUCCAUGGCCAGAAUGUCGCGGUUCUUCCCAUCGCCCAUCGCCGAGCAAAGAGAAUUCAUUGAUGCUAAUUCAGCAGAUGGUUCCAAUUUGAGCUUCAAUCUGUUCUCACCUCCAGUUGGUGCAACCACGCCUUCGCAUAACUCGCAUUUGAAGAAUGUCAACGGAAUGGGGAUCUCGCUUGGAUCUCUUGGUUCGCAGCCUCCGCCGAUGCGACUGGAUUCAUCCACUCCUGAUCACCAUCAUACUAAUGAUCCCAAACCAGGUCACCUUGUGGCGUUUUCAGCAGAAACUCCCAAGUCUUCAAUAGAGGAGGUUGAUGAUGAAUCAUUCGAAAAUUUCAAGAUGUCGAUUCCCAGAGGUAACAAGCCGGCUUCUUUAGAGAUCAACGAAGACCCAAAAGCCAAAGUUGGUACUUACAUAAGAACGGUGAUAAACAAGUCUAGUGAUAGCAACACCGGUUCAGAUCUCCAGCUUGUGAUGUACGUUGCUUCUUUGCCUCUAGACGCCAAGACAGAUGCUGAGCGUUUGAUCCGUCUCGCGUUCAAGUCAUGCGAGGGUGAGAUAGUCUCGCUUUUGGAAUCCACCAAUGACGAAGGUGGAAAAGAUGGAUUUUUAAGGUACAGAAUAACUUCCAAGUUGAAGAUGCUCAAUGCCCAUACUGGUAGACUCAAUCUGCCCGCAAAAAUGACUUCGUUCAGGAACUCCUCCACUGGUGAGGAACAGAAAAUGUUGCUUUUCAUAACUGGUGAUUUCCCUCAUCCUCCCACGCAGAAGAAGUUGCGGGACACGAUCAAUGAUGUUUCUUCCUAUCCAGAAGGUUUUUCCUCUACUUUCCACAGAAGAGGCAUCAACAACUUCAUGUUUGUGAGAGAACUCCAGUCCAAAAUGAUCAUCACGAAGACACGCCUGGCAGAGUUUGCUGAGUUCAGAAUCAGCCUUCCAAGCUCAUUGACCGCUGAGGACACCAGUUCAGAUAACAGCGACGAUUUCAAGACGAGACACAAGAAAUCUUAUGUUGUCAGCAUAGACCUGAGGGAGUUAGAAAAUAAAUCACAGCAAAGAAGAGGAAGUGGGGGGAGCGCACCCUCGACAAGCAGCAGAUUCUCUGACAGAAAGAGAUCAUCAUACUCGAAUGGGAAUGGGAACGGGUACCAUAAGAACGCUGCCUAUCAUAGUGCUCCAAACUAUAAAAGAAAAUAG